AUGGCGGCUGUGAGGCUGAAUCGAGCUAAUGGUACUUCCACCCCGCCCCGUCCUUGCGCCAUUCUUGGUUGCACCGAUGACAUCAUGACCAGCGACCACUCUCCCGUCUUUGCGUCGUUCGAGGUUGGCGUGACGUCGCAGUUCGUCUCGAAGAAAGGUCUCCUGAAGCCGUCGGAUCAGGCCUACAUAGAGUUCGAGAGCAUCGAAGCCAUCGUGAAGACCGCCAGCAGGACCAAAUUCUUCAUCGAGUUCUAUUCGGGGUGCCUGGAAGAAUAUAAGAAGAGCAGCGAGAAUGACAGCCAAAGCAUCGACAACGUCAACUUCCUCAAAGUCCAAUGGUCGUCGAGGCAGCUCCCGACACUGCGGCCGAUCGUCUCUGAGAUCGAAUACCUGCAGGACCAGCACUUGCUGCUGACGGUCAAGUCGAUGGACGGAUACGAAUCGUACGGCGAGUGCGUGAUCGCCCUGAAGUCGAUGAUCGGCAGCACCACGCAGCAAUUCCUGACCUACCUGUCUCAUCGAGGGGAGGAGACCGGCAACAUCCGCGGCUCGAUGAGAGUGCGCGUGCCCGCGGAGCGCAUGGGCACCAGAGAGCGGCUGUACGAAUGGAUCAGUAUCGACAAAGACGAAACCGGGGCCGUGAGAGGGAAACCGCCGACCGUGUCCCGACCCAACCAGGAGCACAGCAAAUCUGUAAGCCGGAAGCUGACCGCCGCGGAACCCCCGGGACCGGCCCUCGGGAAGACAUUCGAGGAGCCAGAAAAGGGUUCAGCUGUCUCCAUGUGCCGUCCACCAGCCGCGCUGCCCGCCCCCGGCAAGGAAGAUCCGGCACUGGCGCGGUGCUCACAGAACGAACUCAGCCAGGACAACACACUAAGGGCAAGGAAGGACAGACUAACGGGUUCACUAACUUCCUACUACGGAGCAGAGGACUUACCCUCAACAGAAUCUUCCAUCCAGAACAACCUCAUAUCUGUAGAAGAGCCUGAACAACUCUAUCUGAGGUUCUCAGCUGUCCUGUGCAGUGCCGAAGCACCUCCUUCCGACUUGAACCCUAGAUAG